CAGCUACCUGGUCAAUGAGUUCGGCAAUGCCAUUGAGGAGUACAUGCGAUUGGUGGGCGACACUUCUCUCCUGCUCAGCAACCAGAACCAGCCCACCGCCUCGAAUGUCAACCCGGUUCCCUCGACUGGACUUUUGGCCAAUCAGAAUACAGCAAUAUCCACAGCAAACACCGCCGGCGGCGGCUCGACCAAUCCAAACGGCCGAAACAAAACCCAGCCACCGGCACAGUCCAAGACACUCAGUGCGCGGCAGUGGGCCAUGCUGUAUGAGGAUUUGGUGCAGUUCCUGAACGCUGUUUUGUCCCCGUUGGUAUAUGUGGGCGAGGGUCAAGGCUUUGCGUCUCUGCUGGAAACGCGCGUUCGGGUAGGUAUGGAGCCACCGGAGAUGGAGGAGAUGAAGCCGAUUCUCAUGCCAAUUGUCCCCAACAGUGCAGGUGGCAUGGCGAAUACGCUCGCCCCUAAUCCUAAUUCUAUUGGCACUCUUACCAAUCCAAAUAGUGCCACUCACAUGAGCAUCGCCCCAGGGGGUACGUACCAGACCCUCAGUGACACGGGUGGCAGCGGCGAUGGGGUGAAUGGCCAUGGCUCAGGUACGGGGAACGCUACCCAGACGCCUGGGAGUGGUACAAACACCCCCGUGGGGCCUACACAUAGUGACAGUACGGGAGAUAAGUCACAUACAGAGACGUUUACGAGGGAUAUGGGGCAGGGGCAGCAGAGUACGCUCAAGCACGCGACGACAGCACCGAUGGGGCAUGCGGCUCAGCGCACGGCAGGCCAUGCAAGCACAGGCCAUGCAAGCACAGGCGCCCGUGUGAACGUCCCGGUUCGUCUCGCUUUAAGCUCACAGAGUGACACACACGGCCCAUCUGCCCUUGCUGCCAACGCAGCGGCAGAUCUGACAACAAGUAGAAAUACGACACCGGAUGCCACGGGGAAUGGUAGAGGUACUGCAAACAACGCAGAAGUGCAUGGGGAUACAUGCUUGAAGGACAUUCCCAGCCCUACCUCUGGGAAUAAGGACAGGAAGACCGGCACAGACGGUCCAAAUGGCGAAGCGUGUGAUAUGAAACCGGUGGGGCAUAAACCCCGCAAAGUCGGCCAGAGUCUAGUUAUGGACUUAGCAGACGACGAAUCAGACCCAGCCGAGGAUGCGGAGAAGGGCGUUAACGCUGACCCUCCGGUGAGUACUACCAUUGGCGUCGAUGCUACGGCUCGGUUGCACAUGGCGUUAGAUCACACACCAGAAAGUACUGCAGAGGUGCUGGACAGGGCCAAUCGGAACUCGGGGACCAAUGCCCCAGGAGCCGCCAGUAGUCACUCGGACUCAGCGAGCACUGCCCAGGCCCCCAGCACAAGCAGUGGCAGUGGCGGCCCUGCAGCAGGAAAUGCAGGUGCAUCGAUUGGGACCGGUAACGGUACAGGCAGCACCGGGGCUACCGCACCCGCGGGGGUGCCUGGGACUCCUGGGGCAGGUUCAGGUGGUGGUGGUGGUUUGGGUGUAGGUACGGGCACGGGCAUGGGUACGAACUACCCUGGGAUUGGGUUGGGGAACCCUGGUAGUGCGAGUACUACACCCAAUAGUACCAGCCAGGUGCCCAAGGGCCGUUGUAGCUUGAGGGAGGUGGUGUUUGUCACGUGUAAAGCGGGACCCGCAAGCUUUAACCUGACCAAUACAGACGCAUACAAUUUUGCCACAACGUUUGAGAUCGACCGUCCAAUGGCGAAGGACCAGUCGGGCCAUGCAACUGGGUGA